AUGCCAGAUAAGAGAGCGCGGAAUGAGCGAGCGGAGCAGGCGAAGCGAAGGAAAUUAGACAAUGGCGAGGAGGUUGUUGCACCGAUAUAUGCUACGGAGUUUUCCCAGGAGGAUAUUGAGAACGAGCAGCGGCGGCCGAAGAAGAAGGUCGCUGUGCUGAUUGGGUACUCGGGAACGGGUUACAAGGGAAUGCAAUUGAGCACAACUGAAAAGACAAUUGAAGGAGAUCUGUUCACUGCGUUUGUGGCAGCCGGCGCAAUUUCAAAGGCCAACGCGGCCGACCCGAAGAAGUCGUCCCUCGUCCGUUGCGCACGCACAGACAAAGGUGUCCAUGCCGCCGGAAACAUUGUCUCGCUGAAGUUGAUCGUCGAGGACCCCGACGUUGUCGAGAAGAUCAACGCAAACCUCAGUUCUCAGAUUCGUGUUUGGGGCAUUCUAGUCACCAACAAGUCGUUCAGCAGCUACCAGCUGUGCGACUCCCGUAUCUACGAAUACCUCAUUCCAUCGCACUGCUACCUUCCCCCGCACCCAAACACGUACCUGGGGAAGAAGCUUGUGGAGAUCGCCGAGAAGGAGGGAGACCUGGAAGCACACAAAGCGCGCCAGGAGGAGGUUGCCACCUACUGGGAGGAGAUCGACGAGAAGGUCAUACAGCCGCUCCUGGCAACUUUCCCAGAGGAGAUUCGCAAGCCCGUUGAGAAAGCCCUGCACAUGGACGACGAAACCGACGGCGUACCAGAGACUGAGGGAGAGCAAGCAACAGAGGCCGAGACCCCUGCAGCCACCGAGCCCUCGUCUGAAUCAAAACCAGCCGAGUCCGAGCCCUUAGAUGAAGCUGCAAUUGCCUUCCGCAAGCAGAUUUAUGAGGCCGUCAAAACCGUCAAAGUUGCGUACCUUAAGGCCCGCCGUGAAUAUCGCAUCCCGCCUGCCCGUCUCGCCCGCAUCCAACAGGCUCUGGACCAGUACGUUGGCACAAAGAACUUCUACAACUACACCAUCCAGAAACAGUACCGCGACCCUUCCGCCAAGCGUCACAUCAAGUCCUUCCAGCUCAACCCCAAGCCCAUCAUUAUUGACGGCACCGAAUGGCUCAGUCUGAAGGUGCACGGGCAAAGUUUCAUGAUGCAUCAGAUCCGUAAGAUGGUCGCUAUGGCUACAAUGGUUGUCCGCUGCGGCUGUGACCCUAAGCGUAUCUCUGAAUCGUAUGGUGCAUUCAAGAUGGCGAUUCCUAAGGCCCCAGGGCUAGGACUGCUUCUUGAACGGCCGGUUUUCGACGCUUAUAAUAAAAAGGCGGAGGAUCUGAAGAAGGAUCCGAUUGAUUUUAGCAAGUACGACAAGGAGAUGAACGAGUUCAAGCAGCGGGAGAUCUACGAUCGGAUCUUCAGGGAGGAAGAGCAGACUCAUACCUUUUCCUCGUUCUUCAACCACAUUGACCACUAUGCCCAGGAGGAGUUCCUCUAUAUCACCUCCGGUGGCAUCGCCGCAGCCAAGCCCGCUAGUACCCCCGGAGAAAAUGCGGAUGCCAUGUUCAAUGCGCCUAAGCGAAAGUCCGCCCGGGAAGCACUGGCUGAGGUGGAGCAGGAAUCAGAGGAUGAACAAAAUGGCCCGGAGGACAACUAA